AUGUUAAAGCUGUACGGCGUAGGUCGCGGAAGACCUAAGCAGGGUGUAUCUUCUCAGGAGAAUGCGGGAGGCGCGACUGAGGCCCCGAAGAACACGGGCACGCCAGUCUCGGGGGACACAGGCAGCAGCCUUUCCUCAGGUGUCAACGCAGCUUCAGCUGCGUCUUCGAAUCCGGCUCAGGAAAGACGUCGCUUUCCCGGGGAAAUUCGUCUGCAGAAAGAACUGGAGGAUUUGGACCUCCCUGACCAAUGUGUCUUGACCUUUUCGUCGAAGAACGGGUCUCUUGGGAAGCGCAGCUCGGACGCUCUUGCGCUCCAGUCGGGUGGCGGGAGCAGUCUGUUGGACAUGCAGUUAAGAAUUGCUCCUGAUGAUGGCUUCUGGAGAGGAGGCAAAUUCCUCUUCUUCAUUUCCAUCCCCCCAAACUACCCGCAUGACCCGCCGAAAGUCAAAUGCAUGGACCAGAUUUAUCACCCAAACAUUGACCAGAAAGGAAAUGUGUGUCUGAACAUUUUGCGAGAGGACUGGAAGCCCGUUCUCUCCAUCUCGUCCGUCAUGUACGGCCUCCUCCACCUGUUUCUGGAGCCGAAUCCGAGUGAUCCGCUGAACCAGGAAGCGGCGGCGCUUCUGCGCUCAAAUCCUUCGGAGUUUCAGAGACAAGUUCGGCGAACCCUUCACCAAUAG